GACGUCCGGUGUCAACUGGAGAGUCCUUCUCCUCCUUCCCAAACCGCCAAAAGACGGCUGUCAAUGGCAAGCCGGUGACGGAGGUGAAAAGGGAGAAACGCUCAGACCAUCCAGCUGGAGAGUCCUCCUCAUUCUCCCUCCCGAAACGCCAAAAGACAUCUCAACGCGUCACCAAGUUCAACGACUACCUCGACAUGUACUCCGACUCCGACCUCGACCUCCCUUACCCCCAACGACCCCACUUUCCCAACUCCACCCCACCCGCCCUCUACGCCUCCGUCCCCCUCCAUCCCCACGGUUCAAUCCCCGCCCCAAUGGCCCAAUACCUCCGCGACUACCAACUCGACGGCGCACAAUUCAUGUACUCCAAAUUCGCCUCCCACACCGGUGGGAUAUUGGGCGACGACAUGGGUUUGGGCAAGACGGUACAGGUCGUCGCGUUUCUGACGGCGGUGUUUGGGAAGAAGGGGGAUGAGCGGGAUAGGAAGUUGAUGAGGAAGAUGAGGGGUGGGGGAAGGGGGUAUCCGAGGGUUUUGAUUGUUUGUCCUGGGACGUUGAUUAGUAAUUGGAUGAGAGAGCUUGAUACGUGGGGAUGGUGGCACUUUGGCAAAUAUCACGGUGACAAAAAGGACGCUGAGUUGGCUGCGGCCAAGGCUGGGAGGCUGGAGGUGUUGAUUACGACGUAUACCACGUACAAGAUGAACGAGGAGAGGAUCAACCAAGUGUAUUGGGAUGUCUGCAUCGCGGAUGAGUGUCAUAUUAUCAAGGAAAGCCAGUCGGAGGUCACGAAGGCUAUGAACAUGGUCAACUCACAUACACGGAUCGGACUUACCGGAACUGCGAUCCAGAACAACUACGAAGAACUUUGGGCCCUUUUGAAUUGGGCAGCACCAUCUACCCUCCCAGACAUAAGUGCAUGGAAACGCACAAUCUCUGAACCGCUCAAGAUCGGGCAGUCUCAUGAUGCGACGAAUGCACAACUCGCGAAAGCACGGAAGGUUGCGUGGCAGUUGAAGACGAACCUCCUCCCACGGUUUCUCAUUCGACGAACGAAGAAGUUGAUUGCGGAUCAGUUGCCGAAGAAAGUUGAUAGAGUCGUGUUUUGCCCUCUGACGGAAACACAAAAAGAGGCGUACCAGAAUUUGCUGGAUACGGAGGAUGUCGAUUUCAUUAUCCGACGUGGGGAUAAAUGCGAGUGUGGGAGUGGGAUGGCGAGGAGUCAGUGUUGCCAUCGUACCACGAGGGCGGGGUUAACGUUGCAGCAACUCAUUUUUCCGUAUAUGGUUCAGAUCCAGAAAUUGGCGAAUCAUCUCGCGCUCAUCAUCCCGAGGAAUGAAGAUACGGAUGAUGCACGGGCUCGGGAUGCGAGGAUACUGGAGGAGUGCUUACCGCACAGACACAAAGAGUUGAUGAGACGUGAGUCCAUCAUUAAUUCUGCUGAUCCAGAGCUAUGUGGGAAAUGGAAGGUGUUGGAGAAGUUGUUGGCGCAUUGGUAUGCCGAAGGGUCCAAAGUCCUCAUCUUCUCGUACUCGACACGGCUAUUGGGGAUGUUGAAUGAUUUGAUGAUGAGGUUACACUACACCUACUGCUACCUCGAUGGCUCAAUGCCCCUCGAUGCGCGGACAGACGUCGUCGACAAAUUCAACUCCGACCCGCACCAGUUUGCGUUUUUGAUCUCGACGAAGGCGGGGGGCGUGGGGUUGAAUAUCGUCUCCGCAAACAAGGUUGUGAUAUUUGAUCCGAAUUGGAACCCGGCGCAUGACUUGCAGGCGCAGGAUCGGGCGUUUAGGAUUGGGCAGUUGAGGGAUGUGGAGGUAUACCGUCUCAUCUCGGCGGGUACGAUCGAGGAGAACGUUUAUGCCCGUCAAAUCUACAAGCAGCAACAGGCGAAUAUCGGGUACGAAGCCAGUGAGGAGCGGAGGUAUUUCAAGGGUGUCAUGGGCGCCGAGGGACGACAGGGCGAGUUAUUUGGGUUGGGGAACAUGUUUACGUAUGACUCGGGGCGUAUGCUCUUGAAGGGCAUCGUGAAUAAGACGAAUGUGAGGGAGCAGCAGUAUGAUAUCGCAGAUAUGAAUGUCGGUGAUGCUGAUCAGCAGGAAGGAGCUGAUGAGGAUGGGACGUCUGGGACGAGUCAGAUUGCGAAAUUGCUAGAGACGGGGAAUGAGGAUGCUGUGUAUCGGAAGAGGACGGUUGACCCGGUGACUGCGAUUUUGUCGGAGGUUGGGGUGGAGUAUACGCAUAACAACUCGGAGAUCAUUGGUCCGUCGGAGUUGGAGGCGAAGAUCUCGAAAGCUGCUGCGACGGCAGCGGAUAAUGACGCUCUUGCCUCGAAGCCGGCCUAUCUACAAGCGAGUGGGGAUCAGGAUAAGUAUCAGGUCGGGAAUGUCCCGAGGGAUGUUGCGAUGAGGCAGUUUAAUAGUAUGGCUUUGGCUGAGGGGUAUAGUCUGGAUGGAGAAGGAAGGGAGGAGUUUGCGUUGAGGGUGCUGGAGAUGACGAGUGCGGAGAGACAGAAGUUGUUGAGGAGGUUUUAUGCGCAGAGGCGGGAGUUGCUGGAUGAUCAAAGGUGA